ACCUGCAUACUAGAUUGACUGCCUUUCUUCUCAUUUGGGAUAGUCCAAUUAGACCAAGAUAGAUACACAGAUUUUGCAGUUAUCAAAAGGGAAUAUGGACAAUGGGUCAAAGUUGGAGAGCUUUUUCAUACGUCUUCGUAAAGUUGGCCUGGCAACAGAACGAGGUGUGGCAGAAUUGGCAGAGGAUUUUGAUAAAAACAAAAAGCGAUGUCCUUCUAAAGCCAUUUUGAAGUUAUCAGACUUAAAGAAGCAAGUGAAGGAGAAAAAGGUGGAGGUGAGGGGUAAGAUGGAACACAUGAAGCAGACAGGCGAAGCAUUUGAUGAGUUCCUAGGUCUGUGUGGCUCCCUGAUAGCAAAACAACAGAAGGCUGUGCAGGACAUUGAGUCCUUCAUGCAGCAGUAUGGCUACACGCCUAAAGUCACUCAGAAACCUAACGAAGACGAGGAUAAAGAAGAGGACAUGGAUGCAACAGAAAACACAGACAAAGGGAAUACAGUGUGUACUCCACCCCCUUGUCGUGGAGAAGUUCAGGAUACUUCCAAAACACCCAAGACACCUGUCAUGGAACACACAAGACUUCAGUCUUUCAAGAUGAAAACUGCAGCUGCUACCAAUACCAGUACAGCUAUAUACAGCGUCCAGCCAAUGAGCAGAUCCAACCAGGUGCCACAGGUGUUUGAACACAAUGGCCUCUUUGUCACACCAAGUCUGAUGGGGGAUAAGAAACUUCCGCUACAAACUCCAGACGCACACCAAUCAAACCAAUAUGGCAGUCCAUACUCAUUGUGGAGCCCAGCACAGUCUGAUGUACCAAGUCAUCAGAAGAUUCCCCGCCUGGAUCUAGAUGACCAUACAUCUUUGGAUCUCACCAGCCCUGAGAUUCAGACUCCCAGUAUGCGACGUCUUGCUCAGCUGUCCAGUGUUCGUAACCCAGAUGUUCAGAAGUUAUCCAAGUCUGUGUCAGAACAAAUGAUGGCCUGCAGUCCAGCAACUCCAAAAUUCCAAACACCAAAUUUAAAAAAUCUACUGCUGAAGAAAAACACAUCUGUCCAUAAGGCCUGUCCUUUACAGAAUCCUGGGAUUGGAGUUAAGAACCUUGCCCAGUCAGAUCCUGUGGACUUGAGUGUGAAGACCCCUCCCAUCUCAAGGAUAUAUACAACAGAGACUCCUAAAACUCCAGAAAUGACUUGUGAUUUAUUGAAAUUACGAGAGUUGGCAAAUAAUACCUUCAAUUAUGAGCCGUCAGCAUUUUUAAAUGUGAAAGGGAUUGAGAAUACCAGCAUCCAAAGUGGUGUACCACAACCACCAAAGCUGUCCUAUCUCCAGACACAGCCUGACACACCAAAAACACCAGAACUCACACAUAACUUUCAGUCGUUCCGGGCACUUUCCCAUGUUCCAGUGCCUAAGUUUGAGUCACUAGCAGAGAGACUUGGCCAGAACCUGCCUAGUGUAACCCCACCAACACCAGACAUGCUUACCACAAGGCUAGACCAACUGAAGGCAGAACACAGCUCUCGCAAGACCCACAACAAGUAUGGCUCACUCUCGUCACAAGUCGACUUUGACUCUCCCCAGCUCCUCGGCACGUACAAAUUCAGAAACACAUAUUCUACUAAGGAAAAUAUGCCUCCACAAAACUGACAGAUCUUGUGAAAUAUGUAUUCUUUGUGGCUGAUGAAUGUGGCAUCAAAGUGGCAUCAGCAAAGUAACAUUAGUAAAUCUUAUAUAGCUAGAUCACAUAAUUAGGGACAUAGCAGUUUGUGCAUGUAGCUCAGUUUCUCAUAAAUACAAGUGCUAUUUAAAUUUGGAAUAAAAAAAACUUGGAAGUAGAGCCAAUGUCGGUGCCAAUGUUUUGAGUGUUUGGUUAAGUGGUCCCUCCACUGGUAUAUGAAUACCACUAGGGUAUGCAGAGUGUUCACUCCAAAAGUAAAAACUAUAAGCCAGGGGUAGGGAGUUUACACAACAUACACUGACUGCAGAGGUUCAGGUGGUUAAUACACUUUGAUCAUGCUAAUCUGUUUUGCCCACACCAAACUCAUCAGGGCAACGUUACAUGAAAUUAUAAGUCUGAAAGUACAAAAAGUAAAAUGGUCAAUGUGUGAGGUAUAAUAAAAUGUUCAUUAUAUGCUCUGUCACAAAUGCUAGCAAAUGGAACUUAUAUACAUACUACAGGCAUAUAGAUAUUUAUGUAACCUGUCUCUUACUCGUCUUGACAGUCCUCCAAAAUAUACCCUGGUUCUCUGUAAUCUACUUGUUGUGGUGCCUCUUCUCGUACGUUUUCUGAAAUUGUUCAGUGGUAAAUCUUCUUAAAUGGUUUUGGUCAUGAUUAUUGUUUUUGUUAAUUUCUGUUACAUCAUAAUCUAAAUAGCACAACCACUGAUAUAGCAUUGGUUAAAUAUGUCAAAAUACCAGUUUUUAGUCAGUCAAAAGUACUUAUUACACAUUAUUUAGAAAUUUAAUGUGUAGACCGGUCAUGUGGUACAUGUGAUGUCAAAGUGUUAAUUUUGACUGACUGUGUCUAAUAUGUAAACAGUAGUGUAGAAGACAGAUACUUCUCACAUGAUCCCAUUUUCCUGUGAUGCCCUUGACUGCCAUCCAUCCAUCAACAUUUUCAACAAAUUGCUACUGGCUACAACUAAGCCGGUUUUGAGCAAAUUUCGUCAGAAGCAUCUUUUGGGGAAGGUAAACAAUUUUCUUCAUGAAUGGUGGGUCCUAGCCCCAGGGCCUGAGGUACAGGGCUCAAAAGGAGUAAAUUUUGCAAGUUCUUGAAGAUCCUACACCUCCUUUAGAAAUAAUUUGUGGCCAAAUUUGGUUUGAAGUUUUUUGGGUGAGAGGGAAUCAGUUUUGUAAAAGUUGUGGGUUUUGGCCCCCUUGGGCAGGAGAGACUAAGAAAAAUAGAGCAAAUUCUUUGAAAUCCUACUCCUCUUGUAGGAAUGAUUUAGUAUGAAGUAUGAAUGGUUUGGCUGACCCCUUAAGGACAGAGGGUUGGGGUCCAAUAGGGAAAUAAAUAUGUUUUUUGUUGUGUGCUUGGAUAUUUAGAAUUUCUUUUCCUUUAGUUUAGAUGGAGCUAUUUCAUGCAAACAAUACCAGGUGAGUGAUACAGGCCCAAUGAAACUCUUGUAUAAUUUUGGCCUGUGAGUUUAUCAUGAGGUAAAGAUGACCAUGGCAACAUUUGGCUGGGUUGAUUGGUUUUGAUAAAGGAUGUUGACUAGUGUUGUUGCUUAAAUAUGUCCUUGUCAGAACAAAUUUGAAAAAAAAAAUAAACAUUCAGGUAUAAUGUACAAAAUGAGGUGCCUUGCUUAGCAACUUAACUACAACCUCUGGCUACAAAAUUGACACACUAGAGUGAAUCCCUCCUAAUAGUUUACCAGUUACAGUAGAUG